AGUAAUCUUCACACCCACGCACAGAUUUUCGCUGUUAUGAAUAUUCUUUGAUUAAGGUUUUGAUUGAAUUUGAUCUGCUUGAAAAGGUUUUAGUACGUUGACAAGCAGUCUAGACGACCAUUCUCGAACAAACAGGAAACAAAUAAUUACGGUGUUGGUGAUUUCAAACUUACUCGGUAACAAUGUCAUUCAAGAAAGAUGUAAUACUACUUAUUAAGCCUUACUAUUGGGUCAAUAUAUUGAUGAGUUUAUCGUAUAUUGUUGCAAAACGUGCACCUAUGAUAUGUAACUUUUUAUGGACUUAUCUGUUCAACCAGACAGACCAGUGUGAAUUGGAUGGACGAGAAACGGAGAUUCUCUUUUUCCUGCUCAUCGUUGUCAUGAUUCGAACAAGAAAAACGGGAAGUGUCACAAUGAUCAAUUAUCUAACCUCGAGCUUCACGUAUACUAAAAUCGCAAAUCUUGGAUUGUGGUUCUACAGCGAUAUUCGAUUGGGUUUGAUCUAUGGAGUCCUGUUUAUCUUGGUGGCGUUAACACUUCCGGAACCAACAUAUUCCGGGCCGGAUAAUGUAGUAUACCUUCGCACGGAAAAUGGUCUUGAUGAAGAGCUGGAAAGAGACAAACGUGUUAAUUGGCUGGUCACAUUCUAUACGGUUUGGAAUCCAGCUUGUGCAAAUUUUGCUCCGAUAAUCGCUGAGUUGUCUGCUGAGUACAAUCUUCCCAAUCUCAAAUUCGGAAAAGUUGACAUCGGCCGGUUCCCGAACAUCGGUAAAAAGUAUCAUGUUUCGGACAGCUCCUUCAGCAGACAACUUCCCACGGUGAUACUGUUCCGCAAUGGCAAAGAAGUUGCUCGUCGUCCGUACUCCGAUGCUAAAGGAAAGCUAGUAAAAUUCUUUUUCUCGACCGAUAACGUUAAGGCUGCUUUCGAUCUGAACAACUUAUACAAAGAGUGUAAGGAUAAUCCUAUCAAAGGUGCCACCAAAGCUAUCUCUUACAAGAAAAAGAAUUAAAUGUUGCGCCUGCAGCUAUUUAUCGUUAAGCAUUUAAAGAGCCAUUUUAGAAGGAAUCACGUGUAAUAUUCAUUCAGCCUAAGGAAAGCGUGACGUUUUUAAUUUAUUUUAAUCGUUAUAAGUCGUAAUGCUCGUCAUCGAACAAACGUACCAUUGAAGAAUCGAAAAAUAUAGAGUUUUUUGUUAUGACGACCCUGCUGUUAUCUAGCCAUCCAUCAUGAUUAGCGCAGUGGUUUUUGGCAGUGGCAUAGGCAAUAAUCUUCCAUGCCCAAUCAUCGAUUAUCGUGUGUGAAAUCCGUCGUUUUCUGUGCUGCUUUGAUUGUCUGAUCGCCUCAAGACAAGCCCUUUCGUCCGUUGUAUGUCGUAACUCGUUUAAUUAGCGCGGUCGUGUUAGAAAAUAGUAAACCGCACGGUUUCUGUUUUUUUUGUGUUAUGUUUUUAUUUUCUCGUAUCUGAGUUGUGUUUAUUUAGCUUUAAGGUUCCACUGAAAUGCAUUACAUCAACCGCAUAGUGGUAGUCAAUAAAUUUACUGAAUCAAUAUUUA